AUGAGAGAGAAGAAAGGCUCAAAGCCUUCAACCUCUCCCUGUGCCUUUCUCAGAGACGCAUAUCACAAUUGCUUCCACAGGUGGUAUACGGAGAAAUUCGUCAAGGGUCAAUAUGACAAAGAAGAAUGCGUCUCCGAGUGGCAAAAUUACAGAGCUUGCCUUUCUGAGCAUUUAGAAAAUAAGCAUAUGAUUCGUAUAUUGGAAGGUGAAAACGUUGUUCAAGAUACUGCUGUUGCUUCUCAGUAA